GCUUUAGCCACGAGCACCUCGCACUCGUCUCUCUGGGCUCUCCCUCCGCUUAUUAUCUUGUGCUUCUCCGUGUGCGCUUGUGCGUGUACACGCGUCAUCGAGUGGAGUGCUUUGUCGGCCAAACUGCCUUCAGUUCUCUUUUGAUUUGUUCCUUCUCAGCGUCUUCUCAGAAAAGAGAAAAGAGAAAGAAAGAGAAUCGAACGUAUAGUGUGUGCUUGUGUGUGCCUAUCGGUGUGGGCAGCCAUGCGGGUCGCUUCCCUCUCGUCCCCCGCGGGUCUGGCGGGCAGCACCGCAAAGGUGAGCAGCGCUGUUCAUCGCCCUCACAACGGCGCCGACGCUCCCCCACGCACAUCGACGGCGGCGGGGUGGUGGGACGCAGCGCAGACCGGCGCGGACGGCGGCCCGUUAAGUCCGGAGUGCAGCGAUAACCGCAACGACGAGCCCCGCGAUCACCCGGUGCAGCGUGCGAAGCGUCCUCUUGCCACGUGUGAGUCGCAGGAGGUGCCGCCGUUGACGUCCUCGGGGGGUGAAGCGGACAGCGGGCAAAGCCGACCACAGCAGCAGGAGCGGAGGCGACUCGGUGAAGCGAAGGCUCAUCCUCACUCGAGCGACAACACCGCCUCACCUCGCAAAAACGUGCCGUCCACCAUCGUGCAGUUGCGUCCUCCGCCCCCGUCCUCCUCCUCGUCCAACGCAUCUGCGCGCAUGCAGAGCAGUCAUGCAACGGAUGCGAGCAGCGUCACCUCCUCCCAAUACCUUUACGCCAUUCAACAGGACUUGGAAACGUUGGUCCAGCUGCAGCGGCAGCAGCUGCUCGAGACGAUGGAAAGUGCGCUGCCGCCUCAGCAGCCCUCCGUCACGCCGCAGACCGCCCCACCACGCCAGCGCCACUCCAGCCAACCUCAACAGCAGCAGCAUUCAAAACGACAGCAGCCGACCGCAGCGCCGAGGUUGAAGGGCUCGGUGCAGCUGCAAUCUAUUGACGCGGUCAAGCAGGCGUUCAUACAAGACGCGGCGCGCCUGCUUCCCCCUCCCCCCAUGCCCUCCACACCGCCGUCCAGGGGCGUCGUGAUGUCCUCCGUCGUAAACGAGAAGGACGCAGCGGACCUGCUGCAACACGGCAUCAGCAACACGAGUAUACUACCUCAUCCAAGCGCAGAUGAGGGUGACGAUGACGACGCGCAGGCGGCAUCGCGAUUUGCGCACGUGCGAGGGGCACUGCCGCUGCCACCGCCGCCGCCGUCGUCGUCGCCCAUCCCCGCCUCCCUGGUGGAGUACCAUGCCUACUUGAUGCAGCUGGAGCGCCAGCAGCGGCAGCACUACGAGGUGCUGCGCCGGCAGCGGAAGUCGCAGUGGAUGAAGGCGAAGGAAGAGGAGCAGAAGAACCCACCACCACCGCCGCACCACCACAGCAGCGGGCACGCACGCCGCGCACUGUCGAGAGGCCGAGGCGGAGCAACCGGGAACGCCGCCGCCGCCGUCGACGUCGCCAGCUCGACUCCGCCACGGCAACGGAUGGGCGCUGCUUCUGCGGCGGCUGACACGGCAGAAACCCUCGUCCUGCAGGACCGUCGUAACCGCAGCCCACCACUAGCGCCGAUGCUACGCACGAUGCGGCACCGAGGAGUCAAUAAAGGUGGCGUGGAAGCGGUGGACGACGCCUACACAGAGGAUGAGGAAGAGGAUGGUGCGGAGAGUGAUAGCUUUGAGGCGCAGAACACACGGACAGACCCGCCGAGCAGUGCGGUGCCGCCACGCAGCAACAGCGGCACUCCUGGAAGGGACAGGCGCACGACCACGCCGCGGCGGACCUCGCCUGGCAUGUCAGCCAACUCUGCGCGUAUUCGCAGUGCAGCAGCAGCAGCUGCUAGUGGUGACGGGAUGCGGGCGAGCUCUUCGCGGACGGGAGCCAAGUCUUCUCCGCAGCAGUGGCCACGGCACGCUACACCGCAUACCUGGUCGGCGGGAAAGGCACGAACGCGAUCACCCGAGGGGGCGGAGCAAAGGCCGGAUUGCCCACGGAAGUCCUCUCCUGCACAACACCAAACCGCAGUGGGCCCCGCUGCACGACAACCGCGUGUACUUCUUGGUCAUGCGCCAGCACGUAACAGCGAUAGAAACGAUGCUCCGUCACGACCGCACGCCCUACGGCCACGACGAGAACCUGCACAACAACGGCAGGAACGGCCAAUCAUACCAGAGUCUGACAAACAAGUGGACGACGCUGCGGCUGACCUCCCUGACGUCUCUCCGAUCAAACCGACUUCUUCAUUACUAGAGCAGGAGCUGGGCGGGCUGAGUUUACUCAACAACGACGAUUCACGGCUGCAGGCAGCGUCGCGGUCCUCCGCGUCGUCCUCGGCGGAUCGUGGUGGUGGUGGUGCUGCUGCUGCUGCGGCGGUGGCGGCGGCUGGGAACAACGGCAGUUUAGCAGGGGCGACACCAUCGUCCUCUCCUGUCGAAGCCUUCGCCGAUGCGCUGCUAAUGGACACGAGCGGCAGCCCAGGCGGUGGUGGCGGUGGCGGCAACGCGAGCCACCCCGUUACAUCAGCCCUUUUAGCCACCGUCUUGCGUGCAGCACCCCCCGCGCAGCAUGCGCCGCUGAUGCUGCCCUUCGCGACACGGUCAGCGGCCACAGCGGGCACCAUGACGACGACCACCACUUUGGUUGGCGGCACGGCGGCGGCAAUCGAGCCCAUCGCCUUUUCCAUUUCACACAGCGGUGUUGUCGUGCCGGCCGGCGUCGAUCCACACGGCGGCAGCAGCAGCAGUGGCAGGAGGGGAGAGGACACUACAGCAUACUCUGCACCACAGCCGCAGCGGCGAACGCUGAAGCACGAAGGCGCAAGUGGGAGCAACCGAGACACGACUCAAACUCCCGCGUCCCUCCCAAGGUCUCCCGAGCGAGAAAUGAACAGAGUUGACACCACAGCCGUCGGUCCAGCGACGACGGCGGCGGCGAGCGCCACCACUCCUCCGUCGAUGGGUGUGAUGCCGCACCCAACACACGACGACCCACCGCACGGCACGCACGGCGAUAUCGGCACGGAGGCCCAGUACUACGAUCGGUGGAAUACAAGCAAAACUGAUAAAACGAAUACUGCCGGACAGCAGAGGCGUGCGUGGGGCCGUCGCAGCUCUGCGGCGGCGGCGGCUGGCGGAGUCGAUCAAGCGCCGGACGAGCACCUUGUUAGUGACGGCCCUGGCUUUUCCUCCUUUCCCGGGCCGGACGCGUUGUACGACCGGCAGCCGGAGCGUCGCUCACGCCAUCGCCACCACCACCACCGUCGACGCUCACGUGAGGGCAUCAGUAGCAUGAUACCGGAGCAUGGCACGGGUACACCGCGAAGCAGCCGGUACCACAACAACAAUAACAGCUCCGGCAAUGGAGGUGGGGGUGGAAGCGGCAGUCGGCGACAGCACGUCUUGGGGCGCAGCGGGUUGGCGGAGGAGGUGCAGAACGAGGAGGACGGUAAAGCGAAUCGAAGCGAGGAAGGAGCCGCAGCGGAGUGGACGGAGAAGGGAGGAAGAGGCGGACAAGCACAAACGCUGCCGUCGUCGUCGCACGCGCGCCGAGUUCCGCGGCACCGCAACGGUGGGGCGCACAACAUGCUGUGGAUGGUGACGGACAACGCAUCAACCCCCUCGUCAUUUCUAUUCCUCGAGGACGCAGGCAUGAAAGUCAAUGAGGCGCGUGCGCAGAGGAAUCAGAAAGAUAGAAAUGUCAACGCUUCCACCCGCAACACGCACGAGACGAAGAUUGAGAGAGCAUCGAAGCCGCCGUGGCGUUCCCCAGCAGCGCUCAUCUCACGCGAGGACGUCGCGCAGAGAAGUCUGAGUCAACAAGACGCGCUGCACACGCCUCAGCGCGGUAAGAGUGUGGAGCGGGGAACAACGGCGAGCGCGACGCACCCUGUGGCCACCGCGACGCCACCAAGUCCGCAGGUUCCGACACACCACCAUCAUCAUCACCCGCCGCCGCCUUCGCCUACUGUAGCGGCGGUGUGGCACGAUGUGAAGCGCAUGUGGGCCCCCGGCCCGAUCCCGCCCGGUCCUUUUGCGACCUCCUAUCGCUAUCACCCCCAACCGCUUUCGGCGACGAUGCCUGACGGAGGAGCGGUGCCGUCCUCCUCCUCGCUGCUGACGCCACAUCGGCUGCCGGCCCCGCCUCUUCCAUCACCAACUUCUCCAUCUUCUCGGGCCCUGCUCGCUCACACAGACCCACAAGCCCGCGUGCAUCGACAGCCACCCGUUGAUGGCGCUGCUGCUGUGAGGGAGGGCAGAACGGAUGAGCUGGUAGAAGAAAAGACGCGUCGCCCCACCGAGGCCCCCGCCGCUCGUGCAGCGGCUGUCCCCAGAUCUUCUCCUUCAACAAACACGGCCGACGGCACCUCCGCUGCUGCUCCGGCCUCGUCGAGUCCGCCGCCACCGCCUCCCACUUCCGCCUUUCGAGUGCGCCUUGCACGAGUGCGACGACACACAUCGCCAGUGCAGCGCUCCUCCCUACCCGCUGUGGCAGUGCCGCUGUUUUGCAUGACAGACUCCCUCAUUGGGGCUGCCCUGCAAGACGUGCUGCCGGUGUGCAGAGCCCGGCAGAAGGAGGUGGCGCGGGAGGUGGACCGCCGACGCUACCAGCUCCUGUCCGUAACUCCCCCUUCCACGGCGUAG